ACCUCGUCCCAGCCCCGCUCUCCCUCUCAUCAACACAAGCAUCAAUCAGCCUUCAUUUCAGUUCAUUCACAACCAGAAAUUCCGCACUCUACGCUCGACAAUUACUCUUCAGUCAUCACCUACUUCGGAGUUUCAGACCAGCAGCACAGAGAGAGCUCAUGGCGGGCGCAGCUAAGGCGUCUUGGAUGGUGGCGAUGAGCGUGGGCGCGGUGGAGGCGCUCAAGGACCAGGUCGGCCUCUGCCGCUGGAACUACGCCCUCAAAUCCAUCCAUCGGGCAGCCAAGGCCAGGGCCAACGUCUGCGGCGGCGUCUCGCAGGGCGCCAAGCAGCUUCCAGCCUCUGCUGCGGCGGUGGCGGAGAGGCGGCAAGGGGAGAAGGCCGAGGAAGGGCUGAGGACGGUGAUGUACCUCAGCUGCUGGGGUCCCAAUUAGAAGCUGCCUACUUGGUAGUACUAGCUAGGCGUCUCUGUGUUUGGUACUAUGGCCUGAAACCACGAUGCAGAAACUUGGUACUAGCUGGCUUCCCUUGUAAAAACUAGGAUGAUGAUGAUGACAAAUUUCUGUUACUUCAGUUCA